AAUUCUUUUCGAAACAUUUGCCCAACUAGCUAGCUAGCAAAGUUGUCUCAUGUCUGGCUAUGAUCAGCCACUAUUAGAACAUCCUAGUUAUUAACAGUCCCACAAAGGUAUCCAGUUCCUGAACCUUAAUUCUUCCAUGGAAGCUGAUCAAUCCGGAAAAGCACCGACCUUCUCCUUACCUGUCAAUGCUGAAGAUGAUUCAAAAGCCACCGAAAUCCGACCUCUCUCGAUAGCGCCACCCCACAUGCGAGCCUUCCACCUUUCAUGGCUCUCUCUCUUCUCCUGCUUCUUCUCCACCUUCUCUAUCCCUCCUCUCAUCCCCAUCAUCCGUGAAGACCUCAACCUCACCGACACCGAUAUCGGCAACGCCGGCAUAACUUCCUUUGUCGGCUCCAUCUUCUCCCGCUUCGCCAUGGGACCUGCAUGCGACCUCGUUGGCCCUCGCGUCGCCUCCGCCACGCUCUCUCUCCUCACCGCGCCUGUCAUCCUCUCCAUGUCUCUCGUAUCAUCGCCGAAAUCGUUCAUUCUUAUUCGCUUCCUCGUAGGCUUUUCGCUUGCUAACUUCGUAGCCAACCAGUUCUGGAUGAGCUCCAUGUUCUCCGGCCCCGUCGUCGGGCUUGCCAACUGAGUCGCCGCCGGCUGGGCUAACAUGGGCUCGGGCGUCACCCAGUUAGUCAUGCCGCUUAUAUACACUCUCUUCGUAUCCUUCCACAUGCCAUCUUCCACCGCUUGGCGUGCUGCUUUUAUCGUCCCUGCAAUAUUCCAAGUAGUGACAGCAAUAUUGGUCUUGGUUUAUGGCCAAGACCUUCCUUCCGGGAAAUACAAACGCUCCAAUAUUAAGACCCCAAAAGAGAACUUACUGAAAAUUCUAUGCAAUGGGAUUAAGAAUUACAGAGGGUGGAUACUGGCUUUAACAUACGGAUACUGUUUUGGAGUGGAGCUGACAAUAAAUAAUGUCAUAGCGCAGUACUUCUACGACAGGUUUAAUGUGAAUCUGCAACUGGCUGGGACGAUAGCGGCGAGCUUUGGAAUAGCCAAUUGUUUUUCCCGGCCGAUAGGAGGGAUGAUUUCCGACGAGAUGGGGAAGAGGUUUGGAAUGAGAGGGAGGCUGUGGGGGCUGUGGGUGGUGCAGACACUGGCGGGGUUGCUGUGUGUGUUACUGGGACGAGUCAAUUCUCUGUGGGGUUCCAUAAUGGUGAUGUGUGGUUUCUCUGUUUUCGUUGAAGCCGCAAGUGGUCUCACGUUCGGCGUGGUUCCCUUUGUUUCCAAGAGGUCGCUUGGAGUGAUAUCGGGGAUGACAGGGAGUGGGGGAACGGUGGGGGCAGUGGUGACUCAGCUCAUGUUGUUUUCAGGCUCAAAGUUCUCGAAGCAGACAGGCAUCUCUCUCAUGGGGGUUAUGAUGCUCGUCUGCACUCUUCCAAUCACCCUCAUCUACUUCCCGCAAUGGGGCGGAAUGUUUUGCGGCCCUGCAGCCUCUCAUCAUCAACAUCGUCUUCUUCUUCUUCUCAUGAAACCCAAUAUUGCAGAUGAUGAUCAUUACCACUUGCUAGAAUAAGGUUCCCCCAGCACAUUCAUGGCAUGUAUACUUAAUUAUUCUAAGAUAAUAAUGAAGGAAAAAAGAUUUUCUGAAUUGGUUCUAUCACGAAUGAAUAAAAUUCGAAUCUUAAUCCAUGUGGACAAGAGAGUUCCUAUUGCUUG